ACAUCCCAAAUCAAACACACUUCUUUUUCUCUAUUUAUUCCCUUCCACAUACUCUCUUUUUUACUGAAUUGUGUCUUCUCAAUGAGCAGUUUCCCCUCCUCCGCCUCUACUUAAACCUUCCUACCUCUCAACCAUUUCUACCCAUCCGCUUUUCUGUUUCUAAUACCCAUUUCCAAACUCUUAAUUUUAAUUUUCGCUGUUUGGUUUGAAGGAAUAAAAAAUGGCUGCAAAUAAGAAAAAACUGCAGAGGAGUUACUUCGACGUGUUGGGACUAUGUUGUUCCUCUGAGGUUCCGCUGAUAGAAAACAUAUUGAAACCCCUUGAAGGAGUGAAACAAGUAUCUGUGAUUGUUCCUACAAGAACUGUCAUUGUUGUUCACGACAAUCUCCUUGUGUCUCAGCUUCAAAUUGUAAAGGCUCUAAAUCAAGCAAGACUGGAAGCAAAUGUGAGAGCACAUGGGGAGAUAAAGUACCAAAAGAAAUGGCCAAGUCCUUUUGCAAUGGCUUGUGGGUUGCUACUUUUGAUAUCGUUUUUCAAGUAUGUCUACCGUCCUUUACAAUGGGUGGCGGUGGGAGCGGUGGUUAUUGGUAUCUGCCCCAUUCUUUUGAAGGGUUAUGCUGCUAUCACCAAUUUCAGGCUGGAUAUCAACAUUCUCAUGCUAAUAGCAGUGAUAGGGAGCAUUGCAAUGAAAGACUACACUGAAGCUGCCACCAUAGUCUUCCUCUUCACCAUUGCGGAAUGGCUUGAGUCAAGAGCAAGCCAUAAGGCAACUGCUGUUAUGUCGUCAUUGAUGAGUAUGAGUCCUCAAAAAGCGGUCAUUGCCGAGAGUGGAGAAGAAGUGGAUGUGGAUGAAGUCAAAUUGAACACUGUCCUGGCUGUUAAGGCGGGUGAAGUCAUACCCAUUGAUGGAAUCGUUGUAGAUGGGAAUUGUGAAGUGGAUGAGAAAACCCUCACCGGUGAAUCGCUUCCUGUUUCCAAACAAAAGGACUCAACUGUCUGGGCUGGCACCAUUAAUUUAAAUGGUUACAUUAGUGUUAAAACUACUGCUGUGGCAGAAGACUGUGUAGUAGCUAAAAUGGCAAAGCUGGUGGAAGAAGCUCAGAAUAGCAAAUCCACCACCCAAAGAUUCAUAGACAAAUGUGCCCAGUUCUACACCCCAGCAAUUAUAGUUGUAUCAGUCGCCAUCGCUGUGAUUCCAGCUGCAUUUAGAGUGCAUAACCUUCGCCACUGGUUUCACUUGGCACUGGUCGUGUUGGUGAGUGCAUGUCCAUGUGCGCUUAUACUUUCCACUCCUGUUGCCAGCUUUUGUACACUUACAAAAGCUGCAACAUCGGGGCUUUUGGUUAAAGGGGGUGACUAUCUCGAAAUUCUUUCCAACAUCAAGAUCACAGCUUUUGAUAAAACUGGUACACUUACCAGGGGUGAAUUUGUUGUGACCAAUUUUCGAUCUCUCUGCCAAGAUAUAAGCUUCAAUUCAUUGCUUUACUGGGUUUCAAGCAUAGAGAGUAAGUCAAGUCAUCCAAUGGCAGCUGCACUUAUAGAAUAUGGAAGAUCACAUUCAAUUGAACCAAAGCCUGAAACUGUGGAGGAUUAUCAAAAUUUCCCUGGCGAAGGUAUUUACGGGAGAAUUGAUGGAAGAGAUAUUUACAUUGGGAGCAGAAAAGUAUCAGUGAGAGCCCAUGGAACAGCUCCGAAUGUAGAAGGUAAUAUGAUGGAAGGAAAGACCAUUGGAUAUGUAUUUUGUGGGGCAACCCCUGCUGGAAUCUUCAGUCUUUCGGAUGCUUGCCGAACUGGGGCUGCAGAAGCAGUAAAUGAGCUCAAGUCAAUGGGGAUCAAGACUGCUAUGCUUACAGGAGACAAUCAAGCAGCAGCCAUACAUGUACAAGAACAGCUGGGGAAUAGUCUAGAUGUGAUCCAUGCAGACCUUCUUCCCCAAGACAAGGCAAGAAUAGUUGAAGAGUUUAAGAAAGAGGGGCCAACAGCAAUGCUUGGAGACGGCAUCAAUGAUGCACCUGCACUUGCUACAGCUGAUAUUGGCAUCUCAAUGGGCAUUUCGGGUUCAGCACUUGCAACAGAGACAGGUCAUGUAAUUCUCAUGUCAAAUGACAUUAGAAAGAUACCAAAAGCUAUCCGACUCGCGAGAAAAGCUCAUAGGAAAGUGAUUCAGAACGUAAUUUUGUCAAUCAGUACUAAGGUGGCUAUUCUUGCACUGGCAUUUGCUGGUCAUCCACUUGUAUGGGCAGCUGUUCUUGCCGACGUUGGCACAUGCUUGUUGGUGAUCUUCAAUAGCAUGCUCCUUUUACACGGAACACACAAGCAUGCUGGAAAAUGUAGCAAAUCUUCAGCUGCAUCACAUAAAGACAAGCAAGGAUGUAACACCAGUCAUUGCCAUUCAUCUCAUAACCAUGAACAUUCUAGUAUAGACAAAAAGGUCCAAAAGGCAUGUGAGCCCCAAAAAUGUUCCUCCCGUAGCUGUGCCUCUAGAUGUCAAUCUAACCCUUCCAAUUCAGAUGCAUCUUCAAAUUCAUGUGGGAGCAACAAAUGUACAGAGUCAACAGGGACACGUGAAAUGAAGCAUUGUGACCAGGGAAGCUGUAACAUAGUCAAUCACAAGAUUGAGGCUCACAAUUUGCCCAGUAAAUGUUGUUCAAGCCAUGGCAAGUUAGGGGAAAAGCACUGCCAUCAUUCGUCUAAUCAGCAAGGGACAAAAGCUGAUCAGUGUCAUUCCACUUGUGGUGGAAACCAUACUGACCGUCAAACUUUAGGAACCUUUGUAGAGCAUAGUUGUUUAGAGAGCCCGAAACCAGAGGCUCAUCCUUAUUCAAACAAGUGUUUUACAGAUUAUUGGGAGUCACCUCACACUGCCAUAGACAUUCCAAUGAACACAAGCCAUGAGACAGCGCAAGCUUGUAUGAGUGUGGAGAAGAGAGAAAUGGGUGGUUGUUGCAAGAGCUAUAUGAAAGAAUGUUGUGGUAAGCACGGACAUUUUAGAUCUGGUUUAACAGAAAUCGUCACUGAAUAGAAAAUGUUUGGUCUCAGGUACUUUGAAUGUGUUGUUUUGUCUGUAACAUUUAUUGUAAUGAUAUAUAUAUAUAAAGUAUACAAGUUAGUAUAUGUGAGGUUGAAAUUUAUAUUCAAAUACUAGAACAGUAAAUCAUGACUCAUUUGCUUGA